GUCAGAACGAGCCUGCAGAGUCCCCGGAGCCCACACACUAUGGCGUGCGCCCGAGGGCUGUGGCCACCUGGCUGCCUGGCAGUGGUCACCCUGUUUAGCCUUGUGCAUAGCCAGCAUGUGUUCCUGGCCCCUCAGCAAGCGCUGUCGCUGCUCCAGCGGGUCCGCCGGGCCAACCGGGGCUUCAUGGAGGAGCUGCGUGCGGGGAACCUGGAGCGGGAGUGCCUGGAGGAGCUGUGCAGCCGCGAGGAGGCCUUCGAGGCCCUGGAGUCCGUCACUGCCACGGAUGUGUUCUGGGCCAAGUACACAGCUUGUGAGUCAGUGAAGACAUCUCGAGAAAAGCUUGGUGAAUGUCUAGAAGGUAACUGUGCGGAAGGUCUGGGUAUGAACUACCGAGGGAACCAGAGCGUGACCCGGUCGGGCAUCGAGUGCCAGCUGUGGAGGAGUCGUUACCCACAUAAGCCUGAAGUCAACGUCACCACCCACCCUGAGGCUGACUUGCGGGAGAAUUUCUGCCGCAACCCAGAUGGAAGCGCCACUGGGCCCUGGUGCUACACGUCGGACCCCACGGUGCGGAGGGAGGAGUGCAGCAUCCCUGUCUGCGGCACGGGGGGCGUCACAGCGGAGCCGAUCCCACGCUCAAGAGACUCCUCGGUGAACCUGCCGUCUCCAGCAGACCAGUGUGUCCCUGAGCGUGGCCGGCAUUACCAGGGUCGCCUGGCGGUGACCAUGCAUGGGUCCCGAUGCCUGGACUGGGCCAGCAAGCAGGCCAAGGCCCUGAGCAGCAACCAGGACUUCAGCCCGGCUGUGCCACUGGUGGAGAACUUCUGUCGCAACCCAGACGAGGACGAGGAGGGCGCCUGGUGCUACGUCAGUGGGAGGCCUGCCAACUUCGAGUACUGCGACCUGCACUAUUGUGAGGAGCCGGUGGAAGAGGUGACAGGCGAUGGGCCGGAUGAGGACUCGAACGUGGCCGUCCAGGGACGCACCACUGCCGAAGAGUUCCAGCCCUUCUUCAACGAGAAGACCUUCGGCACUGGGGAGGCAGACUGUGGGCUGCGGCCGCUGUUUGAGCAGAAGUCGCUGGAGGACAAGACGGAGGGGGAGCUUCUGGAGUCCUACAUCGACGGGCGCAUCGUGCACGGCUGGGACGCGGAGUUGGGCCUGGCGCCCUGGCAGGUGAUGCUUUUCCGGAAGAAUCCCCAGGAGCUGUUGUGCGGAGCCAGCCUAAUCAGUGACCGCUGGGUCCUCACUGCUGCCCACUGUCUCCUGUACCCACCUUGGGACAAGAAUUUCACUAAGGACGACCUUCUUGUGCGCAUUGGCAAGCAUUCCCGCACCAGGUAUGAGCGAGGCAUAGAAAAGAUCUCCAUGCUCGAAAAGAUCCAGAUCCACCCCAGGUACAACUGGAGGGACACCCUGGACCGCGACAUCGCCCUGCUGAAGCUCAAGAAGCCCAUCGCCUUCAGCGACUACAUCCACCCCGUGUGCCUGCCUGACAAGCAGACAGCUACGAGGCUGCUCCAGGCUGGAUACAAAGGACGGGUGACUGGCUGGGGCAACCUGAGGGAGGUAUGGAAAGCCAGUGCCACCGAGGUGCAGCCCAGCGUCCUGCAGGUGGUGAACGUGCCCAUUGUGGAGCGUCCGGUCUGCAAGGCCUCCACCCGCAUCCAUGUCACCGACAACAUGUUCUGUGCUGGUUACAAGCCCAGUGAAGGGAAACGAGGGGAUGCUUGUGAAGGUGACAGUGGGGGACCGUUUGUCAUGAAGAGCCCCUUUAACAACCGCUGGUAUCAAAUGGGCAUCGUCUCGUGGGGUGAAGGCUGUGACAGGGAUGGAAAAUACGGCUUCUACACACACGUGUUCCGCCUGAAGAAGUGGAUACGGAAGGUCGUCGAACAGUCUGGAAGUUAGGGGGCCAGCCCCAUUCUGGGUUCCUCACCAUAAGAUCACAGAAACCAAUCCAAGCAAAGAAUUAUUUUUGUGGUUUGUUCCUAAAACUACAGUUCUCAAUAAAAGUGAAUGUGAGCCUCCAAGCUCCCAGGGCUGUUCACGGGCCUCUCAGGAGGAGCUGGUACCACUCCUGGAUAAGGGAGAUAUAUUCUUAAGCAUUCAGUUUCCUUGGUUAUUUAGGUCCUUGGUUACUUAUAUCCUCAGGUUUUCAGCUCACUUGACCUGUCUGUACAUACUGCCAUUCCUGCUGGGUGCAUGUAUGUUACUUGGGGAACUGGGCACUAUAGCCCCCGACAGGUGUGGGUGACAGUGGGUUUCACCUGGUGUGAAAUGCCAAUCGGUUGGUGACUGCCUGGAGGACUGUGUUGAGCAGGGUCAUACCUGAGCUUGAAGGGGAAGUGUGAAGGGACUUAAGGUAGGUACCUUUGCUCCGUUUUUUUCCCCUCUCCCAUUUUUAAUACGUCAGGGAACAGAGUUCCCUGCCCUCAUUCUCUGCUUUGGGUUGGCCAGAAAGCCGAGUAAAAACUAGGCAUUCCGUGAGCUUGCAGGUCUUCGCAGCCUGGAGCUUUGACAGAGCAGGGAGGGGACUAAGAAUUCAUACCCAAAUCUGCUUUCUGAGCAAGGGCGUGCCUCUCACCAGACGACUGCCUCCCUCGGGAUACAGCCGAGCUGCGGGCACUGUGAGCUCGGGCACUUUGCUCUUCCGAGUUAAGUUAGCGAAGUCCAGGCCUCAGCACAGCCGCUCUCUAAACGUCUGUCUUCUCCUGUGGCACAGACUCCACCUCCACCUUCCCUUCAGGGACCGCCUAGUCCCGAUCCAUCCUUAGGGAGAGAGGCACGUUCCACUGCAGGUGGCGUGGGGACCACCUGAAAAUCAUGACUGGAAUCAGGAAAGAACUCAUUUUCUAUCAACCAUUCAUUUCUUGAACAAAAGGGAGUCUGGAAAACUUCCUUGACUUGAUGAUGGGCCCGAACGUCUCCCAUCUGAAUCCAGAACCUCCCAGUACUGCCCAGCGUUUCCGCCGGGAGGGAGGCCCCUUGCAUUCACUCCAGUGACUCCUCCACUGCCUUUGGGGGCUUCGCUCCCCCUGAGCUUCGGGCAGCAACUGUGGUGCGACUCAGGGAGGCUCCCCUGCGCUCUUUUAGUCCAGCGACUUGAACAGUCGCAGUGUGAAAACCACUGCCGCCCCGCGCUGGCCCUGGAACAAUCUCCCGUGCAUGUGGGCAGCAAUGAGCUCCUUGGAACCACAGUGAUGGUGGGAGGGAAGCCAUGGCCCAACCUCAGAACAGGGAAGAGUGAGAUUUCUCUGCCCCCCAGGAGCUGCUGCGCAGGAAAGGAAGGAAGGGUGAGUCCCUUCUGUUCCCAAAGAGCGAAGAGGGGGCUGCGUCUGAGCCGAGACAGGGCGGGUUUUGCGGACAAGCCGUUUUAAUCUUUCUCUGACCGGCUGAGUACCCAGCUGGUCCCUAGAACAGGAGACAGGAAAGUUCCCAACACUCCCAGACAUGGAGUAUCUUGGGAGACAGGUAUAGUUAAUGCAAACUUUAUUUAUAAAAGACUCUUAAAUUAGUUGUAUCAUGCCAUGCAUUCAUACAGAAUACAGUGACCCUUCAGGGCUACAAGGAGAAGAGCUCACAAACUCAAAGGAAGACUAUUAAAGGGGUUCUAAUAGUUAAAAGGUAGGAAAGAUUAAGACAACUUUACAAAUGAGCAAGUAAAAAGAAAAGGGCACGGAAACUAGUCUGAGCCGAGCGGAGGGCAGCUGUUUACAAGUCUGUACACUAAGCUAACACGCAGACAGUCUCCUAGAGGGGCAGGCGCUGAUGGAGCAGCAGAGUAUGUACAAACCCUUGUGCCGUGACUCCUCCCCAGAUCCGUGGUGGAUGCGAAUGACCAGUUCAUGUGCGCCAGGCCCACCAAGGCCCCUGUAAACUAUGAGGACUCUAGUUUAGUAAACUAAAGCUGCGGGGGCCGGGAGGGGGCGGCUUCAUUUGCGACUGCUCUUUAUUCUCUCCAGUCUCUUUUUCAAGUCAUCGAUGUUAGCUGUGGACGAGGAGGCCGUGGUCGUGGUCCCCGAAGGGUGAGUCUGGUGAGGAUCCAGGUCCGAGUGCUGGUGCUGCUCCCGGGACUCCCGGAGCUGGGAGAGUUUGCUGUGCAGCAUGUCUGUGGAGGAGGCGACGGCAGGGAUAGCUGGUUUGGAGAGCAGAGAGGUCAGCGGAGGCCGGUCAUCCUGCUGUCGAGAGAAGGAGAAACACUGUGGAAGGUCCAGAGGGGGCCCUGGAACAACAUUUACUGAGACUGGGCCGCUCCUCUGGGUUGGCCCGGCCCCGGCUCACGCGGGCGGGAAGCAGCAGUACCUUGGUGUUGUCCAGACCACAUCGCUGUCGGAGGAUUUUUAGCCUUUCCAGGUAGACAGAUGGUCCCACCUCCUCUCCGUUCGUGUUGCCUAUGGAGGACACUGCGCUUGUGGGGGCAGGUGCACACGUGACCUCCAUCUGAGGGGAGAUGCCUGGAGGAGAUGGAGAGAGGAUAUGCAGACACACGCUCCCCCCACUUCACUAGGCUGCCCUCGUUAAUCUGUCGGCAAAGGGAACAAUGUGGGGCUUGGAGGUCGCCCCUGUACUUCAGGACCAGAAGUCCACUUGGAUCAGUCUGGAGCUGGUAAUUGAGGGUGUUCAGAAAUGCACCAGAGAAGCUUACUGAGAACUCAAGAAUGGAUGCAGAGGAGAUAUAAGUUGGGUGUCCUCUGUCCUGGGCUGUGCAGGGAGUAUGCCCCCCGCCCUGCAACUGACCUGGUCAAUCCCAAAGCCUCAGCUACUCCUGAGUGUACGUCGGUGCCCAAGAGAACCACCCACGGGCUUUAAAUGUUUGGAAGAAUCAGACCAGGUCCAGGCCACGUGACACAAGGGGAACGCUCUUAUUCAAACCAGGGAGGACAUUCAUGGGGAAGAGGGGGAACCGAGAUGCCCAACAGGCAGCCCGAGGCCUGGGAACUCGGAACUUUGAUCCCAGCACUGAGAUCAGUAUUCUGGUAGCAGAGGGGGAAACCAAAACUAAAAGAACCCAUCACAGCUCCUUAAUUUCUGGGAAGAAACAGUCAUACCACAUGCAGACAUGUAUAAGGACCGAUUUGAUGUUAAUAAAAACGCAUUACAUCAGCUAAAGAGACCAAGCACAGGGAAGACACACUGUUAGGGAAAACAGGAAAUAAACUACCCGACACAGUGAGAACACUGAAAGGGGAGAACGAAGGAGGAAUCACGUGAAUGCCAACAGUGUCGGGCGCUCCUACGGCUAAGGCAUGAGAGCAGUCAGUAACGAGCGGGGUUGCGGGCCUGCGCUGCAGCGUGCUGUUUAGGCCCGCAGCCUCGCCCCAGCGUUGAACAGCAGCAGAGAGGACUCUGGGAAUGAGGAAAGAAGGCUUCACCCUGAUUGGCCAAACCACGGUCUGCCCUUGGGUGGUAUGCUGUCAGACAUUCUGCUCACCACGGUUCCAGAGAAAGACCAUGAGGUGUUGUGAACAACGACACAAGUGACUUGAGAAUACAACUGAGGCUUCUGCCCAGCAAGGCGCAUGGUGAGAGAGAAAUAAGUGGAAUCUGAAAACCACACAGGAACCCAGUUUUACAGGCAAACAAAUUCCAGAACGUAAGAGAAGGCAAGGCUCCCUGGCCUCAGAAAGAAUGAAAUGCAGGACAAGCGUGUGCGUUCUACUCUGCGCGGUCAGAGGGAACCUUUGCAGUUGGGUCCUUCUCGGGUUUAAGGCUCUGAACAGCUAUUUUCUAUUAAAUGACACCUCCUAAGUCUUCCUUUGCCUCUGGGUCCUGUGAGCAGUAACUCUCCAACACUGGCUUUUUUACUGUGGGAACAGAAUCAUUUCAGCUUAACGUAAGGCUAAGCCUUCAUUCAUAUCAUUCAGCAAAUACGUACUGAGUGUUUACUAUGUGCCAGGCAACAAAACAGACAAGUCUCUACCCUUGUGAAUUUUCCACCCUACACUGUGUGGCACGCUGGGAGGGUGAAGGGUAGGCUGCAAGUUUUCAGUAAGAGCUCAUUUCGAUAGUAUCUGAACAAAGACCUCGAGGAGGAAACCAAGCUGGCCCCAGGCUGUCUGGGAAAGAUCAAUCUACACGCAAGAAACAGCCAGUGCAAAGGCCCUGAGGAGGUGCGUGCCCGGUGGGGCUGAGGUGCAAUGAAAGUCAGGGAGGGCAGCAGGAGAUGAGGUCCUAGAGCCAUCAGAGGCCAUACAGUGUAGGACCUCACAGACACUUUUGCUUUUGCAGAGUGAAAGGGAGAGCCUUUGGAAACUAUUUGAGCUUUGUUUUGAUGCUCUGUGUGGAAAUAACACGGGGAAGCAAGAGUGGAGCAGGAGGGGAGUGCUCCGAUCCAGACCAGGCAGCAGCCACAGAGGUGAGAAGUGUGGGUGGAUUCUGCAUGUAGUUUGCGGAGAGAGCCAAAAGGACCUCCCGACAGAGAGGAAAAGCAGGGUCUGGGCACCCUAGAAGGACGAAGGCACCAUUACCAGAAGGGAGACAAAUACAAAUGGAGCAGGUCUGGGGGAGGGGCAGGAGCUCAAUCCUUGACAUGCUGGGUUUACCAUGUCUAUCAGAAACCCGAGUGGAGAAUGUCGUGCAGGACGUAUCAGUCAAGGUCAGGAAGGCGGUCUGAGGUACCCAUCAAACAAGCUGGGCCUUGCUGGCACAAAUGCCAUCUAGAGUGAUGACAGUGGACGGGUUCAUUGAGGGAGUGAGAGUGAGAAGGAAGAGAUGACCAUGGACUGAACUCUGGCGGACGCCAACACAGACUUCAGGCCCAGGAAGAAGGUCAGCAAGGCGGGUGGAAGCCAAGGGGAGAAACUGGUUCAAGGGCAGGAAGCUUGCCAUUGUCAAAUGCUGACAAUGCAGGAGACGGAGCUGAUGACUGUCUGUAGCCAUGUGAACAUUACUGGUGAUCAUUAAGUAUUAGGUGCAUGGUUAUAAAUGGAAACCCAUCAAAACCUCUGGCUGCUGAGCUGGGAGCUAAUCUGACUUAUUCCUGGAGCUACUAGAGGAAGCCGUACCUGUUGAAGUGGGAAUACGGCCUUUGCCCUCCCUCUCCAUUUCGAUCACCCGAAGGCCUCUUUCAACAUAGCUCUGGAAGAACUGCGAGGAGUUUUUCAGAAAUGGUUCAAUGUCAGCAUCUGAAUAUUUCUUCUUAUAUUCAUAUAACUCUGCAAGGCCCUGGUUAUCGAGAUAGAGAAAGGGGGGUGGAUGUCAGUUAGUGACCCUUUCCGUAAUGCAGAUCACCACCUGGCUCAGCCCUUUCCUCUCACCUCUUUAGUAUUCUCUUUGGAGCCAAUCUUCUUAAAAAUCUCAGCUAAGAAAUCAUUCACUUUGGCCUUUGAUGAUUUUUCAUCCUGAGAAGUUGAAAGACACAAGCAAGGAUUAGUUGGUUAGACCUGAGUUAUUAAUUAGGAACCACAGGUUGGGAAAGGACUGAAAGAGCUCAACAUGCAGACCACUCUGGUUGGUCACCACAGGUGACAGAAUCACCCGUGCUGCAGGGCCCGAGGCAGGCCCACCACCACUCUGCGUCACUGUGGCCUCCAGUCUCAGGUUUUCAACGAGAAGAGGAAGGUGGAUCUGGCCCGUUCCUCCCCCAGUAGAGCCCACAGUAGAUUGUCUUAGGCACAAAGAAACCUUUCAUAGGAACCAAGAAGCAUGUAGUCAUAAAACAGCUUAUGUUUGCAAUUUGCAAGGUGGAAACAGUUACAGCAACGCAGCAGGAGAGUGACACUGGGCCGAGCCCCGAGCCUUCGAGAAGAUGGUUACGUCCAAACAGCCUCAACCCCCUCGUCUUUCAAGUCAGGACACUCACGAUCCGAGAUGCUCCCUUUUCUGUUUCCUUAUCCGACUUGCUCCCAGCCUGGUCCAUGCUGUGCUUCAUCAUCCGGCAGAGGUGGGCCUCCAGCUCAGACUCGCUCUUGUUGUCAAUCAUGGUUAAAUGGUCCAAGAUCUGCGGGAGACACGGGCACAGUCUAAUGGCAGCAGCGCCGUUCCCAUGGUGCUCUCCCAAACUCCCGUGGCUCUGCUCACUCACCUUGGGCCCUUUCAAUUUGCAUAACGUGUGCAGCAACGUCUUCAGGGUCCUGAUGGGAAACUCACUUUUGCACUGCUUUAGUUUCUCUUUGGGGAAGACCUUCAUGAAAAUGUGUAUAUCCAGAAGAAUUCUGUCCAGAUUAAUGCUGUUGAUGGUGUCAGGCAACAGUCGAACCAUUCUC